CCUAAUUGUCAUAAAACAAUAUCGGUAACAGCCAAAACGAAUUAUUUUGCGUAAAUGCAGUUGUUUGUGUCUGUUUGUGAUGCUUCUUUUUCUGAAAUUUCUCUUGGGAUUUUGUUCUCCUGCAAGAUGUGCCCGCUGCUGCGCCACGACCUUGCGGUGCGGUGCAGCGCGGAUUCUAUAGCCGCAGCAACCCGGCCUUUUUUCAGGUCUUAAAAGGGGAAUUAGCUCACAUUAAGCAACAGGCCAAUUAACUUAUUGCCUCCUCUGCCAAGUCAUUACGCUUUUAUAUGGUUUGUGUGCAAUUCUUGAUCGUAAACUUUUAUGGCGCUGGUAUGGCCUUUGUGUGCGCCAUUCUUCAGAUUCAAACCCAGAUUUGUGAACAUCCCAUAAUCACAGACAUGGGUUUUCUGCAGCAUUGACCCUUUAGUGCAGUAAUAUACAUCUAUGUGUUGUUUGUUUGUGGCAGCAGGAACAGUUCGAAUGUACCUCCGCGCUUUGACGCAGUUGGAGGUGUUUGCAGACGGGACAGGGGUUGGACAUUACCUCACUCUGAGCGCUUUCUGGGGGGGCAGAAACGAGCGGGUAAUUAGCUGAUUAGAGGCCAGUCAGAGCAGCUCAGCCUCCAGCCAAUCCGAGGGCGCACCUGCCUUCAGUGGCGUUGGUGGGGUGGCUGAUGAAGCGAUCCCUCUGUGGUUUGUGAAGGUGGCAGAGUUACACGUGAAGGUGCAACUUGAAGACUAAUGGAGGGGCGCGAGCGCAGGUGCCUCUAACUCAAACUGCUUUCCAUGAACUCUGCUUGAAGCAGAUGCUUUUUGGAGCACCGCUUUCUUCAUGAUAAACGGAGGAAGGAGCGAGGUUGUGGCUGCAGAGGCUGCACCGUCUGCGCGCUGACGCACGGCACAGGUGCGCGCUCCAAAUCUGAACGCUUUUCCUCAGGACUCUGUGGUUCAGCCCGCCAUGGAAAAAUCCAAAAACUUCAGGAUUGACGCGCUGCUGGCAGACGAGGCCAACCGCUGCAGCCAGGACCUGAGUGCCGACAGUCCGGUGGAGAGUCAGGUGUCCUGCCGCCGCGCGGGCACGCCCUCCCCGAGGCCAACUCAACUUCAGACGGGGAUCAUUCCCAAACCGAGCGUCCUGGGUCUUCCUCAUCCGGGAAUCGCUGCCAUGUCCCAAAGUGCUAUUCCCGGCAUCUACCACGCACCCAUUUACCCGUUAUCGGCCUUGGGCGGGCAGCACCCCGCGCUGGCAUACACCGGCUUCGCGCAGCUCACGCAGACCUACCCGGAGCACCUGAAGGCGGCCGCCAUGGCUGCGCCUCUGCCCCUGGAGCACUGGAUCCGCGCCGGGAUCAUGAUGCCGCGGAUGCCGGACUACAGCUCAGGCCCCCAGUCUGGCCUGUUGGGGAAAUGCCGGAGGCCCCGCACCGCCUUCACCAGCCAGCAGCUGCUGGAGCUGGAGAACCAGUUCAAGCUAAACAAAUACCUCUCCAGGCCCAAGCGCUUCGAAGUGGCCACCUCCCUGAUGCUGACCGAGACACAGGUUAAGAUCUGGUUCCAAAACCGGAGGAUGAAGUGGAAGCGCAGCAGAAAGGCGAAGGAGCAGGCCGCUGCAUCCAACCAGGUGGAGUCCGAGCGAUUGCGCGGUGGGGAAAAGACUGUCAGCAGCAAAUCUGAGGCGAGAGGACGAUCUCUUCACUCAAAGGACAGAGGAAUCAAUCUCAGCUAUGAGGAGAGAGAGGAGGUAGAAGAAGAGGAUGCGGGGGACGAAGACGAAGAAGAUGAAGAAGAGGAAAGCCAUCAUGGGUACCCUGUUGCUUUGGGUGCCAGAGGGGCCAUUCCUCGAUCCACAGACUUCUUGCAGAGCAGCAACAGCUAUGAUCCUCACAGCCCGUUCUCUGAGGAGGAGCUGGAAGGAGUGCAGGUGGGAGGAGGAGACAGGAAGAUCGGAGCAGGGCUGUAAGAAGAUUCCAGAUCACCCUCAGGAAACCCUGAGUGUUACACAGAGGCUCCUUUGGAAAAUAUCCCUGAAGGUCUGUGUUCAGCUACUUGAAAAACAUACUCCAAAAAACUUUCAGUUUCAACCCAGGAACCAUUUUUGGGACCUUUUGUGAAAUCCCUUCAAAGAGAAACAAACACACACAGAACAAUAAGGGUGUAUUGUUUCAUCUAUGGGUGAACAAACAAAGUACUGUACAUUUUGUAGCAUGCAUUAAAACACACUGUUCCAAUGAAAGUACCAUCAUGGUCCUGAUGUGAUAUUUGCACAUCCUAUUCUCUCCUCACAUUUGCAGAAACAAGACAAACACGCUUGAGGAGAAAAGGUAAUUUGACAAAAUAAAACAUCUCGGUGUUGGAACCUGCAGACUUUUCCUGCCGUUGUUUUGCUGAGGGGAGUUUUCACAGGCAGCGGACUUGAGAGGACGGGAGAAAAGAGACAAACGAGAUGAGCUGAGCUCUCCAGUCUCGGCUUAACCUGAAUACAAAUUCUGCCAAAAGACGAAAAGGAAAGGUGGCAUUUAAGUGGCUUAAGCAAAAAGAGAAAAGAGAAACAAAACAAAAACUCACUUUUUUCGCCAAACGUAUAUAAACUUCUUGUGAAACAUCAGUUGUUUCUUUUACUUUUGUGAAUUUUAUGUGAAUAACAUUUCCCCUUGAUGAUGUCUGUCAUUUUUGUGUCCCUUGGAGGAAAUGAGGAUGAACCUAAUUUAUUUGAAUGACUGCAAAUGGUGGCAUCAUACCUGUAUUUAUCUAUGACUUGCUUGUGCUGUUAUUAUAAAGUUUAAAAAAAAUUCAAAAGCAUAAAAAAAUUAAAAUCACAUUUUGGUUUGAGCUUA